UUGUUUGUGUUGGUGAGGAUUUCUUUCCAUGCCAGUUUUUUUUUUUCUUCUAAGAAUAAGAAGGUAGGUGGAGUCAGACUGCGAAGUGCGCCUCACUCCCUCCCUCGCUCACACGCGUGCUGCCUUUCUUCCAUUCUGUCAUUGCCAUCUCGGCAGAACAGAGACCGUCCAUGCCCGGCCAUUCUAAGUGUAGAGGGGACGGCACACUUUGACUUUUGAAAGGAGGGAUUUUUCUUUUCUUCAUAAGAGCUAAAGGAUCUGCUAGACCACGAGGACGAGACAGUAAGACAAUUAAUGCUUUGAUUUUUCAACUUAUCUUGAAUAGAAUUGAGAAGCACGUGACAACUGGUUUUUCCUCUGGAUUUUUUUACAACGACAAGACUUGAGAAGCUCUGAUAUCGCUGUUUUAUUUUUUUUUGUUAUUAUAUUCUACUAUAAAAAAAGAUAUCUGACUGAAAGCACAAUGGUGGCUGGGAUGCUGAUGCCUGUUCAUGAACUAAAAGCCAUCUACGAAAUCCUGUUUCGUGAUGGCGUUAUGGUGGCCAAGAAGGACAAAAGGCCUCAGAUCAAGCACCCUGAAGUACGUGACGUGACCAAUCUCCAAGUAAUUCGUGCUAUGGGCUCUCUUAAAUCACGAGGUUAUGUACGGGAAACAUUUGCUUGGAGACAUUUCUACUGGUACCUGACCAAUGAUGGCAUUGUUUACCUGCGCGACUACCUCCGCUUGCCUGCUGAGAUUAUUCCCGCCUCUCUGCAGAGGGUUAGGAAACCAACUGCUACUCUGGCCAUUGCCCACCGUGCCGAACGGGUCCAGUCUGUACAAGGCCCUACAUCCUACGUCCCCAAGCCGGGUCGCAGGGAUGAAGCAGAGACCCAAGAAGCGUUAGCUGAACGCCACGGCUACCGCCAUAGAAUGACUGAACCAGGAGAACGAGGGACUUACACUGAUAGGACCCCUAGGUUCAGGGGCCGUCCACUAACUGAAGAACCAGGGAGGCCAAAGCCGUCACGGGAGACUAGGGACCAGCAUCAGCCUCUCUACAGGAGAGGAGCCAGCUUCAACAGCGAAUCAGUGAAGCAGGUGGAAAAUACGAAAAGAUCAACUCAUCCGGGGCCUAAUGUAAUAAAUGAAAAGCAGGUAGUGUCACAGGAGAGGAGAAUGUUAGAUGAUCAGAAGAGAAACUCCAGUUCUGCUCCUCCUCAAACGGCAGCUUUGAAGCCAGAUAUCUCCCAGACGGCUCUGAUCGCCUCCUCAGUGGCCCUACCAUUAUCUGUGGCUGCUGCUGGUGCGGCUGCAGGUGCAAUGGCUUCAAAGGUGGCAGUAAGCUCCGUUGCUGCUAAAACGGAUGUCAAAAUCUUAAGUACAGAAAAACCUGAGUUGGCUAACGAAAAAUCCUCUGUGAAAUUGCCUGAAGUGAUCAAUCCAGCUGAAACAAUGCUUCAGAGUGGGGAAGUCAAAGUAGAAAAAACGAAACCUGCUGAAGUCAGUGUCACGACUACAGAAAAUGAAAUGCGGAUGGUCAAACCAGUUAUCGCAAUGGAAUGUGCUCAGGAAACAUCCAAAGUGUAUUCUGGCUCUGCAAGCCUUAGUAAGGCUAAACCGGUUGAUGCUAAUGAAACAAAGCAUAAUAAAGAAGAAGUCAUUGAUGAAUCAGUUAAAGCAGCUGGAAAAAGGACCCAAACCCCAGUGAAAGCUAAAAUAGAUGGCAAUAACAAGGAGAAAACUCUCAAAGUAAACCAGAAGACCAUCAAACCCGAUGGUGACCAGACCAGCAGCCCAUCAUGGACCACUGAUGCUGCAGAUGGCAUCUCCAACAUCGCAAUGACACAAAAGCCAGUACGAGCAGAAGUCACCUCACCAGAUGCCACAGCAAAGCCUGAGGCGGUUGACAUCCCUCGUAAAUUGGCACGAGUAACAGCAUCCUCUACAGCAUCCUCAUUACUUGAAGUUAACACUUAUCCUGAUGUUGCUGCUGCCUCAGCUCCCCAAACAAAACAGGAAGAUCCACAACCAAUCAAAAAGAAUGUCAAGGUUACCGAGGCGAUCGCUAAACAGGACAAAACUGGUACAAUGGAGAUUCCUCACGUCAAGAAGGAUGAAAGCGUGUCACCAGAAGAGGUCCCUAAAGUUCUAGGUCAGGACCAUAAGCUAGUGCAAGAUAUCCAUCCGUCUCUGUCCGCUCCAAAUGCGGCUGCAGCAGAGGAUGGUGAAAAUGGAAAGCAAGUGGGUGGAGGAACCUCUAAAUCCAAGAAAAAGAAAAAGAAGUCUCCAGGUGAGAUUUCCAAGAGCCCUAUUAAAGAGGAUCACCUUCCAUUAAAGGCAGAGGAGAAAAUGCCAGAAAACAUCUCCCGUGUAGUGAUGGCAGAAAAUACCUUCCAACAAAAAACAAUAAUUACCCGCGAGUCUGUGACUGUGUCUACCUCCGUAAAGACAGAAGGGAAGACCAGAGCUGAGGCCAAAGCUGACAGGGAUCCUAAAAAACCUGAUGCUCAGCCAAAAGAGGCAUUUACAAAAACUGAAAUUAUAUCAGAAGAAACACCUAAAGCUGUCUCUGCGGACGUGCAAGUAAAAGAGCCACCUCAGGAAACCAGUGUCACUGCCGUCGCUCAGGAACACACGUGUCCCAAAUUAAAGGCUGCGGCCCCUGAAGUGGACCCAGCGAUGUCUAAGGGAAUAACUGUUUCUUCUGUGGAAACGGUGACUGUGCAGAGAAUGAGUCAAGUUGAGCUCAUGCAAGAAAGCGCUAAAGUUGAGGAAAAAACACCAGCAGGCCAGCCAGGCUCUCAGCAAAUCCCUGCCGAGGCAACAUCUCCACUGGGUUCAGAGAAAGUCACUGACAGGCCUGCGAAGGGAAAGAAAAAGGGAAAAGGGAAAAAGCAGGCCAAGCUGUCCCCAGAAGUGGAAACCGUAAACACUAAAUCUGCCCCUGUGACUGAAGGGGAAACCUUGCCAUCCGCUGACAUAACAACACUGUCCCAGGCUGCAGGCAAGGGGAGCCCCGCCGUGGCCUCUGAAAUGACAGAAACUGACGUUCCUUCAAAGAUGACUCUUGAAAGAAUGUGCAGCGAGGAAGUUGGGCAGGCAGCAGCUGUGCUCUCUGAGGCCCCAUCAGACAAAGGGGAGGUGGAGCCAAAGCAGCCCUCCGCAGAAAAAACCAGGCGGGAGGUUCCGAAAGCAAAAACAUCUUCCAGUGCGAGGGAAGCACUCGCACCCGAAGAUUUAGCGUCAGCUGAAGCGCGGGCCAGCCCUCUCUCCAGGCAAGAGGAGCCUCCCAGGGUUGCACAACAUUCAGCCAGGCAGGCAGCAGAGUGCAGCACACAGGAAGGGCUCUCUGUCUCUGAGGCCUCAGAGCACGAAGAAGACGAGGAGAGGGACUCAGUAGAGGACACACCCUCCGCCGCCGCCGCCACACCCGCAGCCCAGCCUGACCAGCCUCACCUGGGGGACAUCAGUGAGUCGGACAGAGCGGACACAGACGAGGCCACCAUGAGGAAGAAAAUAGUGGUGGUGGAGGAGAUAGUGGAAGUCAAGCAGAUCGUUAGCCCUGAGGCGACCGGGGAGCAGCUGGCUCCCCCACCUGUGAAGACUGAGCAGGAGGAGGAAGAGCUGGACCUGGAUGUUCUGGAGGAAAUUGCCCUAGAGCGCGCUCUCUUGUCCGGCGCCGCAGCGGUCAAAGUGCAAGGAGCUUCUCCCGAGCCCGACUGGGACCACUCACUGGGGGAGCCGGAGGUGAAGACGUGGCCCAACUUCUUUGAAGAUGAACGAGAUCGGGUACAGAAGAAAACCUUCACAAAAUGGGUUAACAAGCAUUUGAUUAAGUCACAGCGUCAUGUGACAGAUCUGUAUGAAGACCUGAGGGAUGGACAUAACCUGAUUUCACUGCUGGAGGUCCUCUCCGGGGAAACUCUGCCGAGGGAGAAAGACGUGGGCAGGAGCGUUCGGCUGCCCAGAGAGAAAGGACGCAUGCGGUUCCACAAACUGCAGAAUGUACAGAUAGCACUUGACUUCCUGAAACACCGACAGGUCAAGCUGGUCAACAUCAGAAAUGACGACAUAGCAGACGGGAACCCCAAGCUGACGCUGGGGUUAAUAUGGACCAUCAUCCUCCACUUCCAGGUCUCCUCCUCUAUUUCAGACAUUCAGAUCAACGGCCAGUCAGAAGACAUGACGGCCAAGGAGAAGCUGCUGCUCUGGUCCAAGAGGAUGACAGACGGCUACCAGGGCAUCCGCUGCGACAACUUCACCACCAGCUGGAGGGACGGCAAGCUCUUCAACGCUGUCAUACACAAGCACUACCCCAGACUCAUUGACAUGGGCAAAGUGUACCGACAGACCAACCUGGAAAACCUGGAACAGGCUUUCGGUGUGGCUGAAAGAGACCUGGGAGUGACCCGCCUCCUGGACCCUGAAGAUGUCGAUGUCCCACAUCCCGACGAGAAAUCCAUCAUCACUUAUGUUUCAUCUCUGUAUGACGUCAUGCCUCGUAUUGAUGCCCAUGAUGGCGCCAGAGCUAAUGACCUGGAGCUGCGCUGGCAGGAAUAUUACGAGCUGGUCACCCUUCUGCUCCAGUGGAUCCGCCACCAUGUCACCAUCUUCGAGGAAAGAAAGUUCCCCAGCAGCUACGAGGAGACUGAGCUUCUUUGGCGUCAGUUCUUGAAGUUCAAGGAGACAGAGCUGCCGGUAAAAGAGUCCGACAAAAGCCACUCCAAACACAUCUACCAGUCCUUUGAGAGUGCGGUGCAUGCCGGCCAGGUUAAGGUACCCCCCGGAUACCAUCCCAUCGAUGUGGAGAAGGAGUGGGGCCGACUUCACGUGGCCAUACUUGAGAGAGAACGACUGCUCAGGAUUGAGUUUGAAAGGUUGGAGAGGUUGCAGAGGAUUUUCAGUAAAGUCCAGAUGGAGUCAGGGUUGUGUGAUGAUCAUCUCAAUCAUCUGGACAGUCUGCUGCAGAAGGACAUUGCUCUGCUGAACGCAGGGAAACCAGCGCAGCACACAGCGGAGGUGGACAGGGAGCUGGACAAGGCAGAAAACACCAUCCGCCUGCUCUUUAAUGAUGUUCAGAUUCUCAAGGAUGGGCGCCACCCUCAGGCGGAACAGAUGUAUCGCAGAGUUUACCGUAUUCAUGAGCGCCUGGUGAACUUGCGCAGCGAUUACAACCUCCGUCUGAAGGCUUCUACUGCCCAGGUUUCCAUGGCCCAGAGCACGAUCCAGCAGUCCAGCAUGAAGGUGCGGCCAGAGCUGGACGAUGUGACUCUGCGCUACGUCCAAGACCUACUGGCCUGGGUGGAAGAGAACCAGCGGCGCAUUGAUAAAUCAGAGUGGGGAUCGGAUCUGCCCUCUGUGGAGUCCCAGCUGGGCAGCCACAGAGGUCUGCAUCAGACCGUGGAGGACUUUAAGUCCAAGAUCGAACGGGCCAGGUCUGACGAGAACCAGUUGUCACCUGUCAGCAAGGGGACGUACAGAGAAUACCUUGGGAAACUGGACCUUCAGUAUGGCAAACUACUGAACUCCUCCAAGUCCCGGCUGAGGAACUUGGAAUCGCUUCACGUCUUUGUCAGCGCCGCGACCAAAGAACUGAUGUGGCUGAACGACAAAGAGGAGGAGGAGGUCAACUAUGACUGGAGUGACAGGAACACCAACAUGACAGUGAAGAAAGAAAAUUACUCCGGCCUCAUGCGAGAGUUGGAGCUAAGAGAGAAGAAGGUCAAUGACAUCCAGGCAAUGGGAGACAAACUUGUCAGAGAUGGACAUCCUGGCAAGAAGACCGUUGAGGCCUUCACUGCUGCCCUGCAGACUCAGUGGAGCUGGAUCCUGCAACUGUGCUGCUGCGUGGAAGCUCACCUUAAAGAAAACACAGCUUAUUACCAGUUCUUUGCUGACGUAAAGGAAGCUCAGGACAAGAUGAAGAAGAUGCAGGAGAGCAUGAAGAAGAAAUACAGCUGCGACCGCACUACAACAGCCACACGCCUGGAGGAUCUGCUGCAGGAUGCUGUGGAGGAAAGGGAGCAGCUGAAUGAAUUUAAGAAUUUGCUCAAUGGAUUGAGCAAGAGGUCCAGGUCUGUCAUCCAGCUAAAACCCCGUAAUCCCACCACCCCCAUCAAAGGCAAGCUGCCCAUUCAGGCUGUCUGUGACUUCAAGCAGCAGGAGAUCAACGUGCAUAAAGGAGAAGAGUGCGCUCUCCUCAACAACUCGCAGCCCUUCAAGUGGAAGGUCCUAAAUCGCUCUGGAAACGAAGCAGUGGUUCCCUCAGUCUGCUUCCUGGUGCCUCCGGUCAAUAAGGAGGCAGUGGAUGGCGUGUCUGGCCUGGAGUCAAAUCUUACGCAGAUGACCUCCAUGUGGCAAAUGCUUCACAGCAACAUGAAGAGUCUGCUGUCAUGGCAGUACCUGACGAGAGAUUUUACGCAGAUACGCUCCUGGAACAUCAUCAUGUUAAAGUCCAUGAAACCAGAGGAGUAUCGGCUGCUCAUGAGAAACCUGGAAGUCCACUAUCAAGACUUCAUGCGGGACAGCCAGGACUCACAGCUCUUCAACCCCGAUGACCGCAUGCAGGUGGAGCAGGACUACACCAAUGUCAACCAGCAUUUUGACAACCUGCUUCGCUCCAUGGAGAAAGGGGAAUUUCAGGUUGUUAGGCUUAAAGGUCAACAGGAUGAGACCCUCUGCAAGAACUACAUGUCUGAGAUCAAGGAUCUACGUCUGCGCAUUGAGGACUGUGAGUCUCAGACUGUGACUCGCAUCCGCAAACCGAUGGACAAAGAGCCUCUGAAGGAAUGCAGUCAGAAAAAACAAGAGCAGCAGAAAGUCCAGGGAGAACUGGAGGGACUUAAGAAGGACCUGGAUAAGGUCUCUGUAAAAACGCAGCAGGUGCUGGCCUCUCCUCAGCAGCCUGCCUCAGCCCCUGUGCUGCGGUCAGAACUCGAUGUCACUGUGCAGAAGAUGGACCACGUCUACAUGCUCUCUUCCGUUUAUCUUGAGAAGCUGAAGACUGUGGACAUGGUCAUCCGUAACACCCAGGGAGCGGAGGGAGUCCUGAAGCAGUAUGAGAAAUGUUUGCGAGAGGUUCAAGCGGUACCCAGUGAUAUCAAGGAAGUCGAGACUCAAAAAGCCCAGCUUAAGAAAAUGCGAGGCGAGGCGGAGGGUGAGCAGCCAGUGUUCGACUCGCUGGAGGAGGAGAUGAGGAAAGCCUCUGCUGUCAGCGACAAGAUGUCCCGCGUGCACAACGAGCGGGACGUUGAGCUGGACCACUACCGCCAGCUGAUGACUACUCUGGAGGACCGCUGGAAAGCUGUGUUCACCCAGAUUGACCUUCGCCAGAGAGAGCUAGAGCAGCUCGGUCGACAGCUCGGCUACUACCGCGAGAGCUACGACUGGCUCAUCCGCUGGAUAGCCGACGCGAAGCAAAGGCAGGAGAACAUCCAGGCUAUGUCCAUCACUGACAGCAAAACCCUUAAAGAUCACCUGGCACAGGAGAAGAAACUGCUGGAGGAGAUUGAACAAAAUAAAGACAAAGUUGAUGAGUGUCAGAAGUACGCUAAAGCAUACAUUGACACAAUCAAGGACUAUGAGCUGCAACUGGUUGCCUACAGAGCGCAGGUGGAGCCGCUUGCCUCUCCUCUGAAGAAGGCGAAACUGGAUUCUGCUUCUGACAACAUCAUUCAGGAGUAUGUAACUCUAAAGACUAAGUACAGCGAGCUGAUGACGCUCACUAAUCAGUACAUCAAGUUCAUCAUCGAUAUGCAGAAACGCUUGGAGGACGAAGAGAAAGCUGCAAAGAAACUCAAAGCGGAAGAGCAAAAAAAGAUGGCGGAGAUGCAGGCUGAGUUAGACAAACAGAAGCAGUUAGCUCAAGCUCAAGCUGAGGCCGUUGAUAAAGCUGAGAAAGAGGCCCAAGAGCUGAAGCGGAGAAUGCAGGAAGAAGUAAACAAGAGAGAAAUCGCGGCCGUAGAUGCUGCAAACCAAAAGCAAAACAUCCAGCUGGAGCUAAGUGAGCUUAAGAAUCUGUCAGAGCAACAGAUCAAAGACAAAAGCCAGCAGGUGGAUGACGCUCUGCAAAGCAGAGUCAAGAUCGAGGAGGAAAUCCGCCACAUAAGAAUCCAGCUUGAGACAACCGUGAAGCAAAAGGCUACCGCAGAAUCCGAGCUCAAGCAGCUUCGCAAUAGAGCCGACGAAGCGGAGCGACUCAGAAAGGCGGCCCAGGAAGAGGCAGAAAAGCUCCGCAAGCAGGUCAGCGAGGAGACGCAGAAAAAGCGCAUGGCCGAGGAGGAACUUAAACGCAAAUCCGAGGCAGAGAAGGAGGCCGCCAAGCAAAAACAAAAAGCUCUUGAUGACCUUGAAAACCUCCGAAUGCAGGCCGAGGAAGCCGAGAGGCAGGUCAAACAAGCAGAGGUUGAGAAGGCAAGACAGAUCAAGGUGGCUCAUGAGGCGGCUCAGAAGAGCGCUGCUGCUGAACUCCAGAGCAAACAUAUGUCUUUCGCGGAAAAGACCUCCAAACUGGAGGAGUCGCUCAAGCAGGAGCACGGUGCCGUCCUUCAGCUGCAACAAGAGGCGGCCCUCCUCAAGAAACAACAGGAGGACGCAGAGAAGGCCAGAGAAGAGGCUGAAAAGGAGCUGGAGAAGUGGAGGCAGAAAGCCAACGAAGCCCUUCGUCUGAGACUCCAAGCUGAAGAAGAAGCGCACAAAAAGACAGUCGCCCAAGAGGAAGCGGAGAAACAAAAGGAGGAUGCGGAGCGCGAGGCCAAGAAGCGAGCCAAAGCUGAAGAGUCGGCUCUGAAGCAGAAGGAUAUGGCGGAGAAAGAACUUGAUAGGCAGCGGAAGGUGGCCGAGAGCACAGCUCAGCAGAAGCUCACUGCAGAACAGGAGCUCAUUCGACUGCGGGCGGAUUUCGACAAUGCAGAACAACAGAGGUCCUUGCUGGAGGAUGAGCUCUACCGUCUGAAGAACGAAGUCAUUGCCGCACAGCAACAAAGGAAGCAGCUGGAAGAUGAACUGGCCAAAGUUAGGAGUGAGAUGGAUUUACUCAUCCAGCUAAAGUCCAAGGCAGAAAAGGAGUCCAUGUCCAACACAGAGAAGAGUAAGCAACUUCUUGAAGCAGAAGCCUCCAAGAUGAGGGACCUGGCCGAGGAAGCAAGCCGACUCAGAGCCAUUGCCGAGGAAGCCAAGCAUCAGCGGCAGAUUGCAGAGGAAGAGGCUGCCCGGCAAAGGGCGGAGGCUGAGAGGAUUCUCAAAGAGAAGCUUGCUGCGAUCAGUGAGGCCACCCGCCUAAAAACCGAAGCGGAGAUUGCCCUGAAAGAGAAGGAGGCGGAAAACGAGAGACUCAGGCGACAAGCUGAGGAUGAGACCUACCAGAGGAAAGCCCUCGAGGACCAGGCAAACCAACACAAGCAAGACAUCGAGGAAAAGAUCGUUCAACUCAAAAAGUCGUCGGAGGUUGAAAUGGACAGACAAAGAGCGUUGGUGGACGACACGCUCAAACAGAAGCGCAUUGUCGAAGAAGAAAUCCGAAUCCUUAAGCUUAACUUUGAAAAGGCUUCAUCUGGAAAACUCGACCUGGAGCUGGAACUGAACAAGCUCAAAAACAUUGCCGAGGAAACGCAACAAAGCAAGCUCAGGGCAGAGGAGGAGGCCGAGAAGCUGAGGAAGCUUGCCCUCGAGGAGGAGAAGAGGCGGAGGGAGGCGGAGGAAAAGGUGAAGAAGAUUGCCGCGGCAGAGGAAGAGGCCGCCAGACAACGCAAGGUAGCCCAGGAAGAGCUUGAGCGCCUGAAAAAGAAAGCUGAAGAGGCCAGGAAGCAGAAAGAAGAAGCCGAUAAAGAAGCCGAAGAACAGAUUGUCGUUGCCCAGCAGGCCGCGCUCAAAUGCAAUGCAGCGGAGCAGCAAGUGCAAAAUGUCCUCGCGCAACAGAAGGAGGACAGCUUAAUGCAUAAGAAACUGAAGGAAGAGUACGAGAAAGCCAAGAAGCUCGCCAAAGAGGCAGAAGCUGCCAAGGAGAAGGCAGAAAGGGAGGCGGCUCUUCUUCGCCAACAAGCGGAGGAAGCGGAGAGACAAAAGCAGGCCGCUGAGCAGGAAGCUGUCUUCCAAGCCCAAGCUCAGGAAGAUGCUGAGAGGCUGAGGAAGGAGGCUGAAUUUGAAGCUGCUAAGCGAGCGCAGGCAGAAGCUGCAGCGCUCAAGCAGAAACAGCAAGCCGAUGCCGAAAUGGCAAAGCACAAGAAGCUGGCCGAGCAAACGCUCAAGCAAAAGUUCCAAGUGGAGCAGGAGCUCACAAAGGUUAAGCUCCAGCUGGACGAAACGGAUAAGCAGAAAUCCGUCCUGGACGAUGAGCUCCAGCGCCUGAAGGAUGAAGUUGACGAUGCCGUCAAACAAAAGGCCCAGGUGGAGGAUGAACUGUUCCGAGUUAAGGUUCAGAUGGAGGAACUCCUGAAACUGAAAAUAAAAAUUGAGGAGGAAAAUCAGCGGCUAAUCAAAAAAGACAAAGACAACACGCAAAAAUUCCUCGCCGAUGAGGCCGAGAAUAUGAAAAAGCUCGCAGAGGACGCUGCCAGGCUCAGUAUUGAGGCCCAGGAGGCUGCUCGCUUAAGACAGAUCGCAGAAGAUGAUCUCAACCAGCAGCGAGCGCUGGCGGACAAAAUGCUCAAAGAGAAAAUGCAAGCCAUUCAGGAGGCAUCCAGACUCAAAGCUGAGGCCGAGAUGCUCCAAAAGCAGAAAGAUUUAGCCCAGGAGCAGGCACAGAAGCUUUUGGAGGACAAACAGCUUAUGCAGCUGCGUCUGGAGGAGGAGACGGAGCAGUACCAGAGAUCGCUUGAAACAGAAAGGAAGAAGCAACUGGGGAUCCUCGCUGAAGCUGAAAAACUCAAACUGCAGGUCUCUCAGCUCAGUGACGCCCAGGCCAAAGCUGAGGAAGAGGCAAAAAAAUUCAAAAAACAGGCCGAUGCGGUUGCAGCCCGCCUUCACGAGACUGAAAUUGCCACAAAAGAAAAAAUGACCGCUGUCGAAAGACUGGAAUAUGAGAGGCAAAAUACCAGCAAAGAGGCUGAUGAUUUACGCAAAGCAAUCGCAGACCUAGAGAAUGAGAAGGCUAGACUGAAAAAGGAGGCUGAGGACCUUCAAAAUAAGUCAAAAGAGAUGGCUGAUGCACAACAGAAACAAAUUGAGCAUGAGAAGACCUUGCUUCAACAGACAUUCUUGACAGAAAAGGAGAUGCUAAUGAGGAAGGAGAAGCUUAUUGAAGAAGAGAAGAAGAGACUGGAGAGCCAGUUUGAGGAGGAAGUGAGAAAGGCAAAAGCUCUCCAAGAUGAACAAGAACGGCAGAGACAGCAAAUGGAAGAAGAGAAAAAGAACCUUCUUGCUACCAUGGAUGCAGCGCUUAAUAAACAGAAAGAGGCAGAGCAGGAGAUGGUUAACAAGCAAAUAGAAAUGCAAGAACUAGAGAGAAAGAGAUUAGAGCAGGAAAGGAUUCUUGCAGAAGAGAACCAGAAACUGCGUGAGAAAUUACAGCAGCUUGAAGAGGCCCAGAAAGACCAGCAUCCAGGAGAAACUGAUACUGAUACUGGUAAAGUUCCAGGCAAAGACUAUGUCCAUAUAACAACGGUUGACGUGACAAAGACAAUUUACAAUGGUCAAACUGCAAGUGACAUUGUAGAUGGUGUAGAAAAGAGACCAGAUCCUUUAGCUUUUGAUGGCAUCCGCGAUAAGGUCCCAGCAAGCAGACUCCAUGACCUUGGUCUUUUACCCAAGAAGGACUUUGAAAAGCUUAAAGAUGGCAAAACCACUGUUCAGGAGCUUAGUGAAAUUGACUAUCUAAAACAAAUUCUAAAAGGUAAAAAUGCAAUUGCUGGUGUUUUUACACCAAAGAAUCAGAAAAUGUCAAUUUACCAAGCGUCAAAAGAGAAAAAGAUUACCCCUGGUACAGCAAUGGUUCUUCUUGAAGCACAGGCAGCGACAGGUUACAUUUUAGACCCCAUAAAGAAUCAGAAACUUUCUGUUAAUGAGGCUGUCAAAGAAGGUUUGAUUGGCCCUGAACUGCAUGACAAAAUGCUUUCAGCUGAAAGGGCUGUUGUUGGCUACAAAGAUCCCUAUACUGGUGGAAAGAUAUCUGUUUUUGAAGCAAUGAAGAAAGGUCUGAUAGAACGUGACCAUGCCAUAAGAAUCCUUGAAGCCCAGCUUGCCACUGGAGGCAUUGUUGACCCUGUCAACAGUCACCGUGUACCCAAUGAAACCGCCUAUAAACAGGGGCACUAUGAUGCAGAGAUGAAUAAGGUUAUGGAAAAACCGUCAGAAGACACUAAGGGAUACUUUGACCCCAGCACUCAAGAACCAUUGACAUACACUGAGCUUAUGUCAAGAUGCAAUGCUGAUCCAGAGACCGGUAUGUUACUUCUACCAAUCUCAGAAAAAGCUGCUCACUGCUCCAGCAUCUAUACAGAAGAGGAGACCAAAGAUGUUUUCAGCAAAACAACUGUGUCUGUGCCAUUCGGAAGAUUCAAGGGUAAAACCGUCACCAUUUGGGAGAUAAUCAAUUCAGAGUACUUCACUGAAGACCAGAAAAAGGACCUUCUCCGUCAGUACAAGACGGGCAAAAUAACCAUUGAAAAGAUCAUUAAGAUUGUUAUUACUGUGGCUGAGGAGAAGGAUAAAAAGAAGGAAAUUACCUUUGAUGGUUUAAGAACAUCUGUUCCUGCCAGUGAGCUCCUGGAAUCCAAAGUCAUUGAUAAUGAUCUUUACAACAAAUUACUUAAGGGAAAUGUGUCAGUGAAGGAGGUCUCUGGAAUGAAACCAGUUCACAAAGCACUCCAGGGUGCAGACUGCAUAGCCGGAGUACUCAUUGACUCAUCCAAGGAGACAAUAUCCUUCUAUCAGGCUAUGAAGAAAGACAUAAUGAGGCCUGGGCUUGCUUUAAAAAUGCUUGAAGCUCAAGCAGGAACAGGAUAUGUGGUCGACCCAGUGAAAAACCAAAAGUACACUGUUGAUGAAGCUGUCAAAGCUGGAGUUGUUGGUCCUGAGCUGCAUGAAAAGCUCCUGUCUGCAGAGAGAGCUGUUACUGGUUACAAAGAUCCAUACACUGGAAACACUGUCUCUCUCUUCCAAGCAAUGAAAAAAGAUCUCAUUCCUAAAGAGCAAGGCAUCAGACUGCUUGAUGCACAAAUGACCAGCGGUGGCAUCAUUGAUCCAGUAAAGAGCCAUCGCAUACCUCAUGAUGUUGCUUGCAAGAGAAAUUAUUUAGAUGAUGAAAUGAAACAGCGUCUAAACAGUCCAACCAAUGAAACUAAAUGUUUCUUUGAUCCAAACACAAAGGAAAAUGUCACAUACCAGCAGCUGUUUGAGAGAUGUGUUACUGACAAAAAAACUGGACUUAAGCUUCUUCCACUCAGUGAUGAAGCAAUCAAUGAUAAAGACGAAACAACAUAUACAGAAGCCCAGACAAAAGAGGCUAUGACACAGGCAACUGUGGAGCUUGACUAUGGACCAUUCAAGGGCAGAAAGAUGACACUCUGGGAAAUAAUCUACUCUGACUAUCUCACUGAAGAACAGAGACUUGAAUUGCUUAGACAGUUUAGAUCAGGAAAAGUCACAAUUGAAAAGAUAAUCAAGAUCAUUAUCACAAUUGUAGAAGAGAAGGAGGCUAAGAAAAAGGAACAGUCCAGCUUUAAGGGACUCAGAGAUCAUGUUGCAGCGGACUCCUUGUAUGAUUCCAAAAUAAUUGACAAAGCAACCUUUGACCUCCUUCAACAAGGCAAAACAACACCUAAAAAGGUCAGUGAGAAUCCAAAUGUCAGUAAAUACCUCCAGGGUACUGAAAGUAUUGCUGGAAUCUACCUGGAGCCAACAAACGAGAAAAUAAGUAUUUAUCAGGCUAUGAAGAAAAAGCUCCUUAGGCACAACACAGGCCUUUUGCUUCUUGAGGCUCAGGCUGCAACUGGGUUUAUUGUAGAUCCAGUAAAAAAACAAUGUCUUUCAGUAGAUGAGGCAGUGAAGGCAGGACUUGUUGGUCCAGAGCUCCAUGAAAAACUCCUCUCUGCAGAAAAAGCAGUCACUGGCUACAAAGAUCCAUUCACUGGAAAGAAAAUCUCCCUUUAUGAAGCCAUGCAAAAGGAUCUUAUACUCAAAGAACAUGCAAUCCCGCUGUUGCAAGCACAGAUGUUCAGUGGUGGAAUCAUCGAUCCUGUAAACAGCCACCGGGUCCCAACUGAUGUGGCAUACCAAAAGAACAUUUUCAGUAGGGAAGUUGCCAAGACCUUGUCUGAAUCUUCAGAUGACAGCAAGCCUUUCUCAGAUCCAGAAACUGAUGAGAAUGCAAGCUACAAGCAACUUAAAGACAAAUGCAGAAGAGAACCAGACACAGGCCUGUACAUCCUUCCACUUUCCAAACCUCAGUCUCCAACUGUUGUGGAGAAGACUUACCUUUAUACAGAGGAACAAACCCAGAGUGACCUUACCAACACCCAGAUUGACAUUCCAAUCGAGGGCCUCGCUGAUAAAUCAAUGAGCCUGUGGGAUGUCAUGAACUCAAAUUUGCUUCCAGAGCAGGAGAGGCAGAGACUCUUGGAAGAAUACCGCUCUGGUAAUAUCACUAAAGAACGGAUGAUCAUCAUUAUAAUUGAGAUCAUGGAGCAAAGAGAAGUAAUCAGAAAUGACAGUCCAUUGUCAUAUAAGACUAUAAGAAGAAGGAUAACUAUUGAGGAACUCUACAGUGCCCGCAUCAUUGAUCUGGAAACAUACAACCUUCUAAAACAGGGCAAGAGAGAUAUUUGUGAUAUAAUGGAGAUGACCAGUGUAAAACAAUAUCUCUAUGGCACAGGUUGCGUUGCUGGUGUCACAACAGACACAAGCUCCAAGAUUAGCAUAUAUCAAGCAAUGAAAAGAGGUUUUAUUAAACCAGAAAUUGGCCUUAGUCUCUUAGAGGCACAAGCUGCAACAGGCUUUAUUAUUGAUCCAAUAAAUAACGAGACGCUCACUGUUGAUGAAGCCGUUCGUAAGGGAGUUGUUGGACCUGAGAUCCAUGACAAACUACUUUCAGCUGAAAGAGCUGUGACUGGAUACAAGGAUCCAUACAGUGGGAAGAUUAUAUCUCUUUUCCAGGCCAUGAAAAAGGACCUGGUUCCAGAGGAUUAUGCCCUAAAAAUGUUGGAGGCACAAACUGCUACUGGAGGCAUCAUUGAUCCAGAAUUCCAGUUCCAUCUUCCAGCUGACAUUGCCUUGCAAAGAGGUUAUAUGAACAAGGAGACCAACGAGAGACUGACAGACACCGUGAAGGGGUUCAUUGAUCCUGUUACAGAAGAACAGCUAUCAUAUGCGCAGCUCCUCAAGAGAUGCAAGUUAGAGGGUGGAUUGCGCCUACUCUCCCUGGGAGAUAAGAGGCUUACAUUCAAGGGUUUGAGAAAACAGAUCACAAUGGAAGAGCUGGUUCGCUCACAAAUUAUUGACCAGCAGACUGUCACUGACUUGAAUGAGGGCCUAAUUUCAGUCGAGGAGGUUAGCAAUAGACUCUCAAGAUACCUGCAGGGCACAGGCUGCAUUGCUGGUGUGUUCUUGGAGUCAAACAAAGAACGUCUAUCAAUUUACCAGGCCAUGAAGAAAAACAUGAUAAGACCAGGCACUGCAUUUGAACUCCUUGAAGCUCAGGCAGCCACAGGAUAUGUUAUUGAUCCAAUCAAGAACCUUAAACUGACUGUAAAUGAAUCUGUAAAGAUGGGAAUAGUUGGUCCAGAAUUCAAAGACAAGCUUCUCUCUGCUGAGCGUGCAGUGACAGGGUAUAGAGAUCCUUACUCUGGCAAGACAAUCUCUUUGUUCCAGGCAAUGAAAAAGGGACUCAUCUUGAAAGAUCAUGGAAUACGUCUCCUAGAAGCUCAGAUUGCCACUGGUGGAAUUAUUGACCCAGAAGAAAGUCAUCGUUUACCUGUUGAGGUAGCCUACAAUCGUGGUUUCUUUGAUGAAGAAAUGAAUGAGAUUCUGACUGACCCAUCUGAUGACACCAAAGGUUUCUUUGAUCCUAAUACUGAAGAAAAUCUUACCUAUCUUCAGCUUAUGGAGAGGUGUAUCACUGACCCUGAUACUGGCCUGGUGCUCUUGCUACUGAAAGACAAGAAGCGGGAAAGAAAGACCUCUUCUAAAUCAUCAGUUCGUAAGCGCAGAAUUGUCAUUGUAGACCCAGAGACAGGCAAAGAAAUGUCAGUUUAUGAGGCCUACCGGAAGGGACUCAUUGACCACCAAACUUACCUGGAGCUCUCUGAACAAGAGUGUGAAUGGGAGGAAAUCACAAUGACCUCCUCUGAUGGCUCUGUAAAAUCCAUGAUCAUUGAUAGGAAGUCAGGCAGACAGUAUGACAUUGAUGAUGCUAUUUCACGUGGACUUAUUGACCAGAAUGCUCUUGAAACAUACAGAGCUGGGAGUCUGUCCAUUACAGAGUUAGCGGACAUGCUUUCUGGAAAUAUGGGCGGCUUUCGUUCCCGCUCAUCCUCAUUUGGUUCCACCACUGGUUCCUCUUACUCAACUUCCAUGAGUCCCAUACCCUCCACUAAACCACCUGCAGUGAUAUGGAAUGAUCCAUCAGAAGAGACAGGGCCCAUAGCAGGAAUAUUGGACAUAGACACAUUGGAGAAAGUGUCCAUCACUGAGGCCAUCCACAGAAACCUGGUAGACAACAUAACAGGCCAAAGACUACUGGAGGCCCAAGCCUGCACUGGAGGAAUACUUGACCCCUCAAGUGGAGAGAAGUUGUCAGUUACAGAUGCAACAGAGAAAGGCUUGGUUGAUAAAGUUAUGGUUGAUCGCCUCAACUUGGCACAAAAAGCUUUUAAUGGAUUUGAAGACCCCAGAACUAAAGUGAAGAUGUCAGCUUCCCAGGCUCUGAAGAAAGGCUGGCUGUAUUAUGAGGCUGGUCAGCGUUUCCUUGAGGUUCAAUAUUUGACAGGUGGACUUAUUGAGCCUGAUAUCACAGGCCGAGUGUCUCUGGAUGAGUCCAUCAAAAAAGGAACAAUUGAUGCUCGUACUGCCCAAAAACUGAGAGAUGUCAGUACUUAUUCAAAAUAUCUAACAUGUCCAAAAACCAAGUUGAAAAUCUCCUUCAAAGAUGCCAUGGACAGAAGCAUGGUAGAAGAAGGCUCAGGCUUAAGGCUUCUGGAGGCCUCCUCACAGUCGAGCAAAGGCCUCUACAGUCCCUACAAUGCCAGUGGCUCUGGGUCUGCAUAUGGCUCCCGGACCGGCUCAAGAACAGGAUCCAGAACAGGCUCCAGGAGAGGCAGCAUUGAUGCUGGCUCAGGCUUUAGCAUGAACUUCUCAUCCUCCUCAUUCACAUCAACAUCAGGCUACAGCCGCAGAUACUGAUUAACUGUUCCUGAUAACUUUUGAUUAAGAACCAAUAAUACUAAUGCACUUUAUAGCUGCAUUUCUAACAUGAAAAAAUAGUUGUAGUAGGAAAAAAUAUAAUAAUUAUAUAAUAUAUAAUUUAUUUAUUCAUAGUUGCCUAUACUAUGGAUUUCGUUUUAUAUAUAUAUUUGAACAGUACCUAAGCAUAAAGAACCGUCUCUCUUAUGAGGAUGUAACCAGGCAUCACUAAAGAUCUAGAAAAUUUAAUUCCUUUAAUACAGAUUAUCAAGUCAACAUUUUCUAAGACAGUUUUCAAAACAUAGCAUGAUGUUUCUGCUGUUUUUAUGUGACUAUACUUUUUUGUUUUUUACAAGUGUUCAAUAGAUGUUUGCUAGUGCUUUCUAAGACUAAUAUAUAUGGUAUGCAUACCAAACAAAACUAGUUUUCUGCUAUUUGUGUUUUUUUUUUUCAUGUUUAUUUUUGAUAAUUGGUAGCUAUUUAAUGGGUUUUCUGUCUGUUUUAUAGCCCUAAGACUGGUAGUAAUGAAAAAUGGAAUGUCAACACAGUUGUAAUCUUUUUAUCUAAAACAUAAAGAGGCCUUUGAUAUUUUUGAAAUGUUUGUAUAGAGUAUGUAAUGAUAUUUUAUGAUGUUUGUUCUCUGACUAUGUGUACACUGUACUCAGUAAAUAACACCAAAUAUACCAGUAAAACACUACAAAAGGAAUCAUAAUUAGAAUGCAUCAUUGAAAAGGACUGUUGUAAUCAAUCAUGUAGACUCUUGUAAAACAAGUUUCACAUUGUCAUUACCUUUGACAUUUUAUAAUCAUUUGGCAAGUGAAUUUCGUUGUUGUUGUUGUAUAAACGCAAAAUUAUGGGUUCCUCAAAUUGCACAUCUGUCAAGUGUUCCUGCAAAAUCCCAAGAUGAUGUCACUCUCAAUCCUGCUCCCCUUCACAGACCAGCCACCUGUUUUUUUAUUGGUAUGGAUCCAUCAAUGAGAUUCCAGUUGCCCAGAGUGCUUACCCUGCCUUUUAUUGAUGGAUAUGUGAGUCCAUGUCAUCCUCACACAGAAAAACAGGUACUACCCUCUGCAAGCUUUGAAAAGGAAAACCCAACAUAUCUUCCUUUGAGUAUCCCCUCCCACCCACCAUCAUGUGUCACAUUUGAGGAAAACUGAGACUGUGUCAACUUCAUCUUGGGAUGUCUUUUUUUUUCUACAAACACUCUUUAGUUGUGUGCUUUUGGCAUGUUAUUGUUACUUGAACAAUAGUGAUAUUUUGGCUACAAUAUGUUGAAAUUAAAGCCCCCCCCCAACACACACACACACCACUGUAUCAACAGCCUUUACUUGAAAUUGGGACACUUCAGCGACUUCAUAAAGUUAUUUAUGUUAACUUUUAUUUUUAUUUCAUCUACACCAAAGUGCCUAUGUUAAUAAUUUUGAUUGCAUGAAUGUAUGCAUUAUGCCAGAUUCACUCCUGCUAUCUGAUGCUUUUACAAAGAUUUUCAAAGCAACCUGAAAAAGGUUUCAAGUUUUAUUUUGCAUAUCGUUUUGUUGUCAUAACAUGCAUUUCUGUUUUGCAUCUUUUUAAUUUUUUUGAUCAUGUUUUCUUAUGAUGUGCCUUGCAUGUUUUACUAACGUUGCUAAAAUGAGGGGGAAACAUUUACGUGAAUUGUUAACUUUUGUUUAACUCAUUUAAUUUUAGCAUCACAAACUUAUUUUCGCUUUUUGGGGCAAAUGUUGCUUUAAGGAUAAUUUUGGAUUUAUUUGAAGAUAACGUUAUGCUGUAAAUAAAAUUCUCUGAACAGGA